UUACCGAUUUUUGUCAAAUGUGUUUAAUUGCGAGAUAAACUAACUUCAGGACUUUUUUAAAAGAAAUUUCAAAUUAAAGUGAAAAGAAAACUGAUGCUGCCAUGCAGGAGACAAUGAGGCUGUGUUUUAGUAGUGCGUACGAGGAUAGAUUCGGUUGUUAUCAAUCCCAAGAGGAUGCUAAAAAAGCCAAGCUUAGGAAUAAACAGAUCAGCAAGAUCUUGAAGCAGCACCAAAAGGAGGAGUUAAAGAAACUGAAACUAUUGUUACUUGGUACCGGGGAAUCAGGGAAGAGUACAUUAACGAAACAGAUGAAAAUAAUUCACAUAAACGGAUUCGAUAUGAGGGAGAGGCUUGAUAAAGUAUGUGAUAUAAGAAAGAAUAUUAAGGAAUCAAUAGUGGUUCUUCUUUUGGCCAUGAAUCAACUCGAAAUACCUUUGGAAAACAGGGACAUUUUCAGCAGUCAAGAGUUCAUUUUGCAGGAGGCUGGGAAUCCUGAAAUUCACAGAACAAACGAAUUUUUGGAACAUGCCGAAAAACUGUGGACAGAUGCUGGAGUACAGGAAUGCUACAGUAGAUCUCACGAGUUUCAGCUGAUUGACUGCGCCAAAUACUUUCUGGACAAAAUUCAUGAAAUCAAAAGUCCUGCAUACGUUCCAUCCGAUCAAGACAUUCUUAGAUGUCGAUGUGUUACAACCGCUAUUCAGCAUGUUGAAUUUGGAAUUCCUGACGGAGGUAAUCAGGUGAAAUUUAACGUAUACGAUGUCGGUGGACAGCAAGGCGAACGCAAGAAGUGGAUCCAAGUGUUUGAUAGUGUGACCGCCAUUCUAUUUGUUGUGGACUGUAGCAGUUUCGAUCAAACACUUCGUGAGGAUCCAACUAAAAAUAGACUUUUAGAAGCUUUGGAGAACUUUGACCAAGUUUGGAACAAUAGAUUCCUUCGAUACGUGUCAGUGCUUCUCUUCAUCAACAAAAUUGAUGUCUUGGCAGAGAAAAUUUCUAAGGGACGAAAUAUUUCAGAUCUUACCAGGAAGUAUCCAGACAUAUUUCCGGAUUUUGAUAAAUUCAUUCCAACUGAUUCAGAGAAACUUCACUUUUUGGAAUCCUUUGCCUCUAAUUCACCAGACAAUAGGAGAAAAUCUCCACCAUCUUAUCGCUCCGAUGUUCACCCAGAAACUGUCAAAACAGCUAUUUAUAUCAGACAUCUGUUUAUGAAAAUCGUGAGGGGUGAGUUGCAUUUGAAGGAGAGAAUUACAAAACAGGAUAAACACUGGCAUGAUGAGCACGGAUGUGAAGCCUUUUAUACGUGUGCGAUUGACACUGACAAUGUCCAAAGAGUCAUGAACGGCUGCCGGACACUUAUUGUACAAAACCAUCUGAGGAGAUAUGGAAUCAUUUAAACAGGACUGUUAGUUUGUUCCUAUUCGAAGUGAUAUUAGGACAUAGACUUUAAUUAAUUAAAAAGUGGAUAGA